ACCUGCGUAUUGCACUGCCGGGCAGCAUAUUUGGAGGGCCGAGGUGCCGUUGAUAUUCUUUUGGAUAGUGGAGUGGCAUCAUCCUGAGCGAGUCCUCCGUCAGUUUGGGAUGAAGCAACCAGUUCCAAGUGUCGUGGAUACGUCGACUACCCUUCACAAGAUAUCCCUUCAGGGUAAAUGGGAGAAGAACUGGGAGGUAGAACAUGAUCCCUUUAUUCAGCAAUGGGCCAACCGAGUGAAUGUAGUUCGCGGGUCCGAUCUCCUAGACGGUGAUGAUACGUACCUCGUUGAGUACAUGAUGUGGUACAAUCGCCACACAAGGCGGUACAUAACACCAGAGUCUGCGUAUUGGGAACUCAUGGUUCGGACGAUGAUUAGGUCUAUACAGAGGUGCGAUGAAGGUUCUGACAUGCACACUGACCUUACAUUUACACUAGAGCUUGUGGAGGAGCUAGGCCGACUUAAAUUGGCGAAUGCGCUUGCAGAAGCAGUUGACAUUGGUACACAGGCCCCAGUUCGUGGCGGGCAACGUGGUGGGUCUCAUGGGGGUGGACAUCGUGGAGGUGGUCAAGCUGGUCGCAACCGUACGACCGAGUCGGCUCCCAUCUACGAGGAAGGGAAUAAGUCGGGUGCAGAAGAGGCAUGGCUUGGCACUGAUUGGGUACUGUCUGAUGACGACGGCAGGACACCGCGAUGCACGCCUGGCGAUGGUGCUGGGCCAUCCCAUAGCGUCGAUCAUCAGGGCACUGUUCCAGCCCACACUACAUCCCAUGGUGCUAGCACGGACUAUGAGGGCCCUCCUCGUAUGUCGCCCCCAGUUUUCAGUGGAUCUGCCCAUGAUGGUGGAUGCAUAUUUGUCCCCACACCAGGCAUGCCUACCCCACCUCUAGUGCAUGUGGACCCCACCAUGUUAGCUCCAUCUCAAACCCCCCACGGAGAGGCUGUACAGAUUGAGCAGAUACCGGCUGAGGACAUUGAGCCGGUGGAGGCUUUGCGGAGAUCGCGACACCCGCGUGCGCAUGCUCCCGAUUGCGGGACCGGUGAUGGUAAGAUUAGACCUGUCAGGGCAUAUGGGCGGAAACGAAAAGAUCAUUAAAUGCCUUAGUGUAUGCUUAUACUUCCUGCCUAUAGGUGACUGCAUAGUUACGUUUCACUUUUCUU